AUGGAGCUCGGUGCUUUACGUCGCCGCUUCAUGGGAUCCAUACGAGCUCGUGGAUCGCGGGCCAAGGUGCUGCCGGCUUCGCUGGAUGGCUUCGGGUGGUGCACCUGGGACGCGUUCUACAGCACCGUCUCCGCACGCGGGCUAGCUGAGGGCCUUAGCAGCCUGGAGGAUGGCGGCGUAUCGCCCCAGUUGCUGAUUAUUGAUGACGGCUGGCAGGUAACGCCCGUCCAGGCUGGUUGGGAGUUGAGGGGGACGGACACGGCCCCAGAUACGGUGUGGCUGCCGGCAUGCCCGGUUGUGGAGCUGGCAGUUGCCGUACGGGAGGGUACGGAAGCUAGGGGGGUAUCGUGGUUUCGCUGGGUGGGGAGGGGGAGCCCAGGAGGCUGCUGGAGGCCACCCAGCUCCGCCAUCGCCAUUUGGUUGGCUCGUGCGAGUCAGAAGGUGGCUGGCUGGCUGAUGGGCCUCGCCACCGCGGGCUUCCUGAUCUUCUACCAGUGGGUGGUGGAGCCGGCGCCGCCCAACAGCCUGGCGGUCCGGGCCUUUGCGGCGGCGGCGAAGGGCUUCCUCCGCCCCGCCAUGCUGUCCUUCUACGCCACCGCCUCCGACUUCACCCGGCGCCUCACCUCCGUCCGCGCCAACGGCAAGUUCUCCCACCCGGACGCGGGACCCGACACGGACUGGGCGGGCAGCCAGGAGGCGCUCGGGACGGUGGUGGCGCACAUUAAGAGAAAAUUCGGCGUGCGGUAUGUGUAUUGCUGGCACGGUCUCCCCGGGUACUGGGCGGGGGUGAUGCCCACCGACGACGGGGCGGCGGGCGGGGGCGCGCAGGUGCCCGGACUGACCUCGCACGUGCGCUACGCCGCCCCCACCCGGGGGGUGCUGGAGAUCGAGCCGUCCAUGGCGUGGAACCCCGCAGUGCUGGCGGGUAUUGGCGUUGUUGAUGAUCCCAACCGACUGUACGACGCCAUGCACCGCUACUUACACGACUGCGGCGUGGACGGAGUCAAAGUGGACUGUCAAGCAGGCGUCGGGCUGAUUGGGAGCUCCAUGGGCGGCGGUGCGGCCCUCAGCGCCACCUACCAGGGCGCGCUGGAGGGCAGUGUGGCGCGGCACUUCCCCGGGAACCACGUCAUCAACUGCAUGUGCCACUCCACGGAGAACGUGUACAGAAUGACCGCCACGGCAGUAGCUCGCGCCAGUGACGACUUCUACCCUCGCGACCCGGCCUCCAGCCACCCGCACAUCGCCGCAUGCGCCUUCAACUCGCUGUUCCUGGGCGCCCUGCUGCAGCCCGAUUGGGACAUGUUCCACUCCAAGCACCCCGCCGCCAGACUGCAUGCGGCUGCCAGGGCCGUGUCCGGCGGCCCGGUUUACGUGUCCGACAAGCCCGGGGAACACGACUUCUCCGUACUCCACUCGCUCGUACUGCCGGACGGUUCCGUACUCCGCUGUACUCAGCCUGGCCGCCCCACACGGGACUGUUUGUUUGUUGACGUCCUGCGGGACGGAAAGAGCCUGCUCAAGGUUUGGAACAGCAACCCGGUGACCGGGGUGGUGGGGGUGUUCCAUCUGCAGGGUAGCUCGUGGGACAGAACCAGGAGGAAGUUCCACGUGCACGACAAGGCUCCGAAACCGCUCAGUACGGAGGUCCGGCCGUACGACGUGGACUCCUUCCGGCCCCCAUCCACCGGCACCCCCUCCCCCACCCCCGUCACGCCUCGGGAGUUCGUGGUGUUUUCCCGGGGUACGGCAGUCAUGACUCUGCUGCACGGGAACGAGGGAAUACAGGUGUCCCUACACAGCGGUGAGGCAGACGUGCUGAGUGUGGCACGAAUCACCCGCGUCGGCCCCGUCGCCAUUGCCGUACUGGGCUUAUCCAAUAUGAUCAACGGAGGAGGUGCCGUACGGGAGCUAAGUCACGAGUCUUCCACGGGGGCGGCUGCCGGCUCCAUCCGGACUGGCGCCGCCUCUUCCCCGUUCGGCUUCGGCGCGAAGGAGCUUGUGUUCACCACGACGAUUCGCGGGCACGGGGAUCUGCUGGCGUACUGCAGUCGUGAGCCGGAUGUCGUACUGCUCAAUGGUGCCAGGCUGCAGCCGGAG